AGAUCCAGGCUCAGCUUCGCAUGGUGACACACGGCGAAGGGGGCUUCAUCGUCUUCGUAGGUGUUAAGGGCUCGAGGGAAGAGCUGGGGCUGGAGCCCAUCAACUACUUCAUAUACGCAGGAAACGACCUGGAUGAAACAAUGAACCGCUACCUGGCUUCUUCCAGAGAAGAAGCUGCCAGGAACAUCCCUUUCCUGUUUGUCACCUGCCCCUCGGCCAAGGACCCCACCUGGGAAAUGAGGCACCCAGGUAAAUCCACGCUGGCCAUCCUGACCUUCGCCAAAUACGAGUGGUUUGAGGAGUGGAAGGACAAGCCGGUCCAUAAGCGAGGAGAGGAUUACGAGGAGCUGAAGAAGACCUUUGUGGACACCAUCAUGCAGACGGUCUUCAAGCUCUACCCUCGCAUCGAGGACAGGAUCGAGUACCUCUCCGGCGGGACGCCCCUCACCAACCAGCACUACAUCGCCAGCCCCAACGGGGAGAUAUACGGCGUCAACCACAGCAUCGCCCGCCUGCGAGCCGAAGCCAUCGCCACCGUGAGGGCGCAGACGGCCAUCCCCAACCUCUACCUGACAG